AUGAAUCGUUUAGAAAAUGAGCCUUUCCUUAGUGAAUUAUCGAACAUGUUCAACAUCGCUCGUAACAAUGGUAAUUCUGUUUACAUCACAAUGAAAAGAUAUUCGGGAGUGGAUAAGCCUAAAAGCCACGCCAACAAAACCGCCGCCAGUAAUAAGGAUGAGGGAUCUUCUUCAACUGGUGAUCAUCUGUGUCUUGUUCGUGCAAAAAUUGGUAAAAAAAAGAUAAGUACAGUUAUCCAUUCAAAGGAUAUUAAUAAAUUCCAAUUGGCUUAUUCUAAUCUAUUGAAAGGAAACCUUUAUGGAAUGCAAAAGAAAAAGUAA